AAUUUUACCUCACCUGCAAGAAAGGCAUUAGUCCGUCUUCCAUAUAUUUCACACCCCUUAUUUCUAAUCUUUCCCACGACCAACAUCACAAUCCAACACCCAUCCCACUUCAAUAUACUUGCCUAGCUACCUAAACAUCAGAUACGCUUAUAGAUCACUUUCUCUGAAACUCUUCAUACAUACUUGUACAUGCAUAUCUUCCUUCAAUUCAACACAAUAGCCAUGAAGCUAAAAUCUCCAGGAAACCUUCCUUGAUCAACCCUUUUCUUUUUGGGCUACUCCGGCCUUUCCCUAAUAUAUCAUUUUUGCGAGAUAUCAAGGGCUAGCCGAGUUAGAACCAAAAAAAAAAUGAGAGCAGGAGGUUGCACGGUGCAGCAAACUCUAACUCCGGAGGCGGCAACCGUCGUAAAACAAGCGGUGACUCUGGCUAGACGGCGAGGGCAUGCCCAAGUGACCCCUCUCCACGUAGCCAACACCAUGCUUUCUGCCUCUAGUGGCCUACUGAGAACAGCUUGUCUUCAAUCCCACUCUCACCCACUCCAGUGCAAAGCCCUGGAGCUUUGCUUCAACGUAGCCCUUAACCGUCUUCCUGCUUCCACGUCAAGCCCCAUGUUAGGCACUCACCCCCAACAGUACCCCUCAAUCUCCAAUGCCUUGGUUGCGGCCUUUAAGCGAGCUCAGGCUCACCAACGGCGCGGCUCUAUUGAAAACCAGCAGCAACCUCUCUUAGCUGUGAAAAUAGAGUUAGAGCAGCUCAUAAUUUCCAUUUUAGAUGAUCCCAGUGUUAGUAGAGUCAUGAGAGAAGCUGGUUUCUCUAGUACCCAAGUGAAAAGCAAUGUUGAGCAAGCUGUUUCUUUAGAAAUAUGUUCUCAAAGUGCUCCUUCUGUAAGUAGCAAGUCCAAGGAAAGCAACGUUCUUGCCCUUUCCCAUUCUCCUCCCUUGAGUCAAGUAGGAGCAAAAGAAAGCAAACCAAUAACAUCUUUAGAUCCAAUUAGGAAUGAGGAUGUGAUGAGUGUUAUAGAGAAUUUAAUGAACAAAAGAAAGAGAAGUUUUGUGAUUGUAGGAGAGUGUCUUGGUAGCAUAGAGGCUGUGGUUAAAGGAGUGAUGGAGAAGGUUAUUAAAGGAGAUGUUCCUGAGGCUUUGAGGGAAGUUAAGUUUUUACCAUUUCCAAUAUCUUUAUUAGCUGAUCUUUCCAGGGUAGAGGUAGAACAGAAGCUAGAAGAUCUUAAGGGCCUGGUGAGAAGCUACAUGAGCAAAGGAAUUGUUUUGAAUUUAGGAGAUCUGAAGUGGAUUAGUGAGUAUAGGACCAGUAGCUCAUGCAGUGAACAAGGGAGGAGUAGCCACUUGUGCCCAAUGGAGCACAUGAUCAUGGAGCUUGGGAAAUUAGCUUGUGGAAUUGAAGAAAAUAGUGGGAAAUUUUGGCUUAUGGGGAUUGCCACUUUCCAAACAUACAUGAAGUGCAAAUCAGGCCAUCCAUCACUUGAGACUAUUUGGAGUCUCCAUCCCCUUACAAUUCCUGCAGGCAGCUUACGCUUAAGUCUCAUCACCGACAGUGAUGUAGAAAGUCAGUCCACCAGCAACAAAGCAGAUCAAAAUGGGUCUAGCUGCUUGAUUAUACUUGAAGGUGAUGAUGAAGAGAAGCAACUCACUUGCUGUGCUGAUUGUACAGCCAAGUUUGAGACCGAGGCUCAAAGCUUACAGACUAGCACUUGUAACAGUGAGUCCCCAACUUCUAGCCUUCCUGCAUGGCUUCAACAAUACAAGAAUGAGACCAAGAGACUUAACAAUACUGACGGUCAGGAUUCUGUCUCAAUCAAAGAUAUUUGGAAAAAGUGGAACUCAAUUUGCAGUUCAAUCCACAACCAACCUUUUUCUUCUGGGAAAACCAUUAUAUUUUCUUCUGUGUCACCUUCUUCUUCCACUUCGGGUUUCUCAUAUGACCAGCGAUCCCCUAAUUUCCACCGAACCCAUCAUGACUGGCCAAUGGUUGAACCCAAGCAAUCAUGGAGGGACUACCAUUUCUGGGUUGGUUCAGAAAUGGUCAACAAGAGUAGCAGUACCAUUGAACCCAGGUUGAGAAUGUACAUUCCAGAGCAUAGAGAUCAUCCUAAACCUCCCUUUUCAUCGUAUCCAAGUUCUACUCCUAACUCCACUUCUUCCAGUGAUGUAAUGGAGAUGGAGUAUCUUCACAUGUUCAAGGAGGUGAAUGCUGAGAACUUGAAAACCUUAUGCGAUGCAUUGGAGAAAAAGGUACCAUGGCAGAAAGAUAUAAUCCCACAAAUCGCGACCACGAUCUUGCAAUGCAGGUCAGGCAUGGUAAGAAGAAAAGGGAAGGUGAGAAACUGUGAGGCCAAAGAAGAAACUUGGUUAUUCUUUCAAGGAGUCGAUAUGGAGGCUAAAGAGAAAAUAGCCAAAGAAUUGGCUAGGCUUGUUUUUGGCUUGCAGAACAACUUCAUUUCCAUUGCUUUAAGCAGCUUUUCAUCCACAGGAGCAGACUCAACCGAAGACUUUCGAAACAAGAGAUCAAGAGAUGAAAGUUGCAGCUAUAUCGAAAGAUUUGCUGAGGCUUUGUCAAGCAACCCACAUCGGGUUUUCUUAGUUGAAGAUGUUGAGCAGGCUGAUUAUUGCUCGCAAAUGGGGUUCAAAAGAGCAAUUGAAAGAGGAAGAAUAACCAAUUCCGUUGGUGAAGAAGUUAGUCUUAGUGAUGCUAUUAUCAUUUUGAGCUGUGAAAGCUUUAGCUUAAGAUCAAGAGCCUGCUCUCCUCCUAUCAAGCGAAAAACAGAUAAUUCCCAAGGGGAAGAAAAAGGUCAAAGCAGCGCCAUCAUGGAGGAGACAAGCCCUUGUGUCUCACUGGAUUUGAAUAUCUGCAUUGACGAUGAUAGUGCAGAGGAUCAAUCAAUAGAUGACAUUGGCCUUCUUGAAUCUGUCGAUAGACAGAUUAUUUUCAAAAUCCACGAGUUAUAAUACUAGCUGGCAAGAGGAAAACUUCAGUGAAUAUUCAUGUCAUUUUUACUUGGUUUUGAUUUCUCUUUCUUUUCUUUUCUUUCUUUUGUUUUUAAAUGUUGUUUAACUAGUUUUAGAUUCUGAUGUAUAUAGGAUUUCUAGGGCUAGAGAUGAAGAAAGAAAGAUGCCUCUCUAUGUAAAAUCACAUUGUACAUUAUCAUCCACUAUCUUCAUGUAAUAUAUAUAUAUAUAUUUUU